AUGUCGACCUCGACUCGCUCGCUGUAUGCGCCCUCCACUCCUUCAAUAAUGAUCGCCGAAUUCACCUCCCUUUCUCUCUCCCGACUUCUCCACCGUUCCCUUCCUCCAGCCGAAUUUUUUCCGUUUAAAGUUGUGAACGUUGAAUUUAUUACGCGGACCGACACUAACCCAACACGCGAUUCUGAAUGGAGAACCGGAGGAGGAAGUUAUCUAUCAUCCAUACUACAGCAAAAGUAUCUCCGCAGAAAAGACACCUCAUGUGGUGCUGAUCCCAUACGACGAUUCUGUUGUGGAUUCACUACCACGUCUGCCAAGUCCAUCAUUCGACGCUGCCAGGCUAUUGAACAUCAGCGUCCCAUCACUGGAUGGUACCAUCCAACUUGGUUCCAGAUCGAUCAAGGUAGCGGAAGAGCUCUACCCGACGUGAGCAAAGUUGGUAUCAACGGCUCGAAUCAUCGACAUCCGGUGUUUAGCUGGGGAGUGUAUGCUGUCAAGCAUAGCGUGCUUGGCGCAAGCGAGGGCAGAGAAGGAAGCAGCCAGUGCGCUAUGGAGCCAAUUUCUGGCAGAUUAUAUCAUAUUGACGGUGGUCAGGAUAAGCACCGGCGCUGGGGACUUUGGUGCAUUCAGACAUGUCAGCCACGUUCAUAUACAUAUUAUACUCCUCUCGCUCCGUUCGAUGAACUCUCUUCGACUCAAGAACUCUACGAAUUCGUAUUUCUGUCUCGUCGUUUCCUAACCUCUGCGUCAGCAUCCUUGCAUAUUCUGGGUUGCAAUCAAAUACUUUUUGACCCGCCAAUGCUAUUACUUUUUGGCGGAAGUUCUAGAGCACCCGUUCCGACCUUGGGUUCUACUUCAUUGUGUAAACGGGUCCAUCUUAUCCAUAUCGAGGAUGAAGCUCGAGGGGAGUCAUUGGGGGAUUGGAUGACCGCGAUCUGA